CCGCUUUAAAGUCCAAAAACAAACCAAUAAUUAAUACCCCCAACACGCAAUGAUUCCGUCUAGUAUGGGACUUUUUUGAAGUUUCUCCAUUUAAGCUCCUUUGUUGUUUUCUGAACAAUAUUUAACAAAAAGAGGAAGCUCCCAAGCAGUAGGCCUUGUGAUCCCCAAUCUCUUUUUGCCCUUUAAUUUGGAGAUGAAGGAUAUGGCUUUCCCCCUGUUGUUUUCUUCUACCUUUUUGUUGCUCCUCUUCAUGGUUCACCCCAAGCAGGUGAUUGCUGUGGAACAGCUUUCAGAAGUCAAGCUUAACUCUCGAAUCCUUCAGGAUUCAAUUGUAAAACAAGUGAAUGAAAACCCCAAAGCCAGGUGGGAAGCUGCCCUGAAUCCUAGAUUUUCUAAUUACACCGUUGGUGAGUUUAAGCACCUUCUUGGAGUCAAACCAACACCUAAGAAAGAACUUCUGGGAGUUCCCGUCGUAACUCAUGACAAAUCCUUGAGGUUGCCGACUACUUUUGAUGCUAGAACAGCUUGGCCACAGUGUAGUACAAUAGGAAGAAUUCUCGAUCAGGGUCACUGUGGUUCUUGCUGGGCUUUCGGUGCUGUUGAAGCGCUAUCUGAUCGGUUCUGUAUCCAUUUUGACAUGAACAUAUCUCUGUCCGCUAAUGAUGUCAUUGCUUGCUGUGGCUUUCUAUGUGGAAGUGGUUGUAAUGGAGGGUAUCCGAUCUCUGCAUGGAGAUACUUUGCGCGCCGUGGUGUUGUCACGGAAGAGUGUGAUCCAUACUUCGAUGACGUUGGUUGUUCUCACCCCGGUUGCGAGCCUGCAUAUCCGACUCCCAGAUGUGUUAAAAAGUGUGUUAAGGGAAACCUUCUCUGGAAGCGAUCAAAACACUACAGUGUUCGCCCAUAUAGGAUCAACUCGAAUCCAGCUGAUAUCAUGGCAGAGAUUUACAAGAACGGACCGGUUGAGGUCGCCUUCACUGUUUAUGAGGAUUUUGCUCACUACAAGUCGGGAGUUUACAAACAUGUGACGGGAGGCAUUAUGGGAGGCCAUGCAGUUAAGCUGAUUGGAUGGGGAACUUCAGAUGAUGGAGAAGAUUACUGGCUUCUUGCAAACCAGUGGAAUAGAGGCUGGGGUGAUGAUGGUUACUUCAAGAUCAUAAGGGGCGUAGACGAGUGUGGCAUCGAAUCUGAUGUUGUUGCCGGGUUGCCAUCCACCAAAAACCUCGUUCACGAGGUUGCAUAUACAGAAAUAGUCGAAGAUGCUUCGUUCUAAGAGAAUGCUCAUCUAGACAGGGCUACCUAAUGUAAUAAUGUAUUAGUGAAUGAACUGUUUAUCUUUGUUUCCACUUUUGGGGUUUCAAGUGCGAUGCUCGCCCUGCAAGAACAUCAUGCUGUAUGUAGAUAUGUUGUGCAUCAUAAUCUUUAGAUA